AUGGAGGAGCGCGGGUCUCCCGACGGGGACCCGGCACGGAGUCUCGAGCAGGGACCAGAAGGGCCGGAAACGCCCAUUCAGGUGGUGCUCAGGGUGCGUCCCAUGAGCGCGGCCGAGCUGCGUCGAGGGGAACAGAGUGCCCUGCACUGCUCUGGGAUCCGGACCUUGCAGGUGAGCCCCCCGGGCGGGGGCCCAGACGUGGCGUUCCGCUUCGGGGCUGUGCUGGACGGGGCGCGCACGCAGGAGGAAGUGUUCCGGGCGUGCGGCGUGAGGCGUCUAGGCGAGCUGGCGCUGCGCGGCUUCUCCUGCACGGUCUUCACCUUUGGUCAGACCGGCUCCGGCAAGACCUACACCCUGACCGGACCCCCUCCCCAGGGGGAGGGAGUGCCUGUACCCCAGGGCCUGGCUGGUAUCAUGCAGAGGACCUUUGCCUGGCUGAUAGACCGCAUCCAGCACCUGGGGACCCCUGUUACCCUCCGUGCCUCUUACCUGGAAAUCUACAAUGAGCAGGUUCAGGACUUGCUGAGUUUGGGGUCUCCCAGGCCCCUCGCUGUUCGUUGGAACAAGACCCGGGGCUUCUAUGUGGAGCAGCUGCGUGUGGUGGAGUUUGAGAGUUUAGAAGCGCUGAUGGAACUCCUGCAAAUGGGUCUCAGCCGUCGAAGGAGCUCAGCGCACACCCUGAACCAGGCCUCCAGUCGAAGCCAUGCCCUGUUCACAGUCUAUAUCAGCCACCUAACUGCCCAGCAGAUGCCUCCUGUGGAGCCUGGGGAGCCCCCUGGUGGUGGGAAACUGUGCUUUGUGGACCUGGCUGGCAGUGAAAAGGUGGCAGUCACAGGAUCCCGUGGGACCCUGAUGCUGGAGGCCAACAGCAUCAACCGAAGCCUGCUGGCCCUUGGUCACUGCAUCUCCCUGCUGCUGGACCCCCAUCGGAAACAGAGCCACAUUCCCUUCCGGGAUAGCAAGCUCACCAAACUGUUGGCAGACUCACUGGGGGGACGCGGGGUCACUCUAAUGGUAGCCUGCGUGUCCCCCUCAGCCCAGUGCCUUCCUGAGACGCUCAACACCCUGCGGUAUGCUAACCGAGCCCAGCGAGUUACCACUCGGCCGCAGGUUCCCAAGAGCCCUGCAGCAAAGCAGCCCCAGCGUCUGGAGACUGAGGUGCUGCCGCUCCAGAAAGAGAGCCAUCACCUACGGACGCAGCUGGACCAAGGAGAUUUCAAAGCCUCCAGGCUCAGUGAGACUCGGGGGGCCUGGGCCCAGCGGAACCUCGAAGGGAUACUACAGGAAUUCAUGCUGGAAAAUGAAAGACUCAGGAAAGAGAAGCAGCAGCUACAGAAUCGCUGGGAUCUGGCACGGGAUGAGCAGCAUGUCCUGGCUCAGCAGGUCCACGAGCUGGAGAGGCGCCUUCUCUCUGCUUGCUACCUUCACCAGCCAGGCCCAGGCCCAGCCCACCCAUGUCCCUGCUUGAUGCUGCCAGCUGCUCCCUGCCAUGCACUGCCCCCCCUCUGCGUCUGGCCCGCCUGCCACCUCUGUCCCCUGUGUCGAGCACCUCUGGCCCACUGGGCCUGCCCACGGAGGGAACUCCACCUGCCUCAGAUGUUUGUCCCUGAGGCCCCAUCCAGCGUGCCCCUGUCUGCCCGACCCCCACCCUGCGUACCACCAUGCAGCUCUGCCUCCACCAAGUGCCCCAGAGAGAGGACUCACAGUGACUGGACUCAGACCCGAGACCUGGCAGAGAUACUGACCAAGGAAGAGGUGGUCCCCUCUGCACCCCCACUGCCCCUGGGGCCCUCAAACUCAUCACCAGUGCUGAAAGGUGCAGCUGGGGUCCCGAGCUUGGCAAGGAGACUGGAGGCCCUAAGAGACCAGAUCGGCAGCUCCCUGCGACGGGGCCGGAGUCAACCACGCCCCAGUGAGGGUACACUGAGCCCUGGCCAAGUCCUCCCUCCCUGUUGA